AUGAGCGACUCGAGCGCCACUCUCGACAACGCCAAAGCUCAACGAGGCUCUCGUGGUGUCACUCGCAUUCGGAAGCGGUGGGAGCGGAUAUGGCCGCGCAUCAAGCUUCUCGCGCCGCCCGUGGCGGGUGCGCUGCUCAUCAGCCCGUUUGUGCUUGAGCGUCGGCUCAAGACGUGGAUCUCUGCAGACCCUUUCUUUGCCUACAUCCACUUUUUCCUCUUCUUCUUUCCCUCCCCACUUGCAACCGGCGCGUUCUUGGAGCGAUCCAUCAUCACCCUCGUCUUUGUGGCGGCAGGAACGGGCAUUGCGUUCGGUGCGAUUUGUGGCGCCAUCUCGAUCGACGGCGCCGGCGCUGCCGCCUACAGCUCCAAGCAGUCCAGAGCGAUCGGUGUUUGCACCCUGAUCUUUCUGUCGUUUGUUUCGGGUGUGCUUUCGAGCUAUGCACCGCGUCUCAGGGGUCCUUGUCGUGCGCUGCUCUUCAGCACGGUAUGGGAACUCACGAAGCAGUAUAAUGUGGCAACGGCUCGCAUCUUUUUGGACAGCUUCUAUCCCGCACUCGUCGCCAUGGUCGUGGGCAUCUCUUGCAACUGCCUCAUCUUUCCACGCACGGCUCGACGCACGUCGAUCGAUCAGCUCUGCCAGCUGUUCCAGGGUACCGAUAGGCUCAUGGCCAAAGCGAUUCAGGAGUUCUCGGCAAGCCUCAAGCCGAACAAGACGCUCGGGCCACAGGGGAUUACCGCCCAGGAUGCGCCCGCGGAGAGCUUUAAACAGCUCAAGGAGCAGCUCGGAUCACUGCAGACGCGCCUCGAGGCCAACUUUGAUGCGGCACGCUACGAGGUCGGGUUUGCACGCGUGGGGGUCGAGCAGCUGCACGUGUUUCUGCCCAUCCUGAGGGAUAUCCGUGCAUGGUUCUCGUGCAGCCUCGCAUGUCUUGGCGAGGCCAAGCAACAAGCAGAGACCGUGGAGGCUGCAGAGAUCGGAUCGGGAUUGGCGGAGCAGCCUGGGGUCAGCACACCGGUGGAGGAGACAAAGGCAGCAUUUGAUUUCAAGCACUCGAUUCGUACGUUUAGCGUCGAGGUUUCGGCAGCGCUGGCGUGCCUGCAUUGGACAGUGCGCAAGUGUACCGGCUCGAGCGCGGCAGACGGUGUGCAGCCAUCGAGUGGACGCAACGAGAAGGAGGACGCGGCUGCGGGUGGGGGUGAUCCGCACCUCGCCUUGGCUCAGCAGAAGCAGAGGCUGCGCGCAUCCAUCCGCACGUUCAAGGCGGCCCUCAACGAUGCUGUUCGAGAGUCGCGCGCCGAACUCAACGCCACGUCCACAUCGCAAGCGCAUCCAAAGGUCGGCAUGCCCGUCGGCUCGGGUCUGGGCGUCAACCCGCCAGACUCGCACCAAGCGACGCCGGGCGUGGGCCAGCCCAAGGUUCUCGCCGACAUGUUCCGCACCGAGGCGUAUCAGAUCUCGUUCCUCAUGGUGUCUCUGCUCGAGGUCGGGCUGCUCGUCGACGCGUGCCUGACCGGGGGGCUGGCGCUGGCGGCUGCAUGGAAGAGCAGCCCGCAUAGGAGGCUGCGCAUGUCGGCGGCCAAGUGGCAGUACUGGCUCGGCCACAGCGAGCUCGGUGUUCGCGACGACAUGGUCUUCAUGGACGAACGUGUGGAUGCGCUGCUGCACGAAGACGAGCCUGCGUCGCCUGAGCUGCGAGCCGAGUCGGAGCAGCUCGACUACUUCAACGACGAUGCCGAGACGUUUGUGCUGGGCGAUGCGCCGCGGCUGGAUCGCACGCCGUCGCGCGUGAGCAAUGGCAUCACGUCCAUCCGCUCGUGGUGCAGCACCAAGCUUCGGGCGAUGCACAGUGUGUUGCGCACGCGCCGCGCGACGAGGUGGCGCAUUGCACUGUCCAGACACAUCCGAGCGCUGCGACACAGCCGCCACAUCAAGUUCGGCAUCAAGUUGGCCGGCGGCUUUGUACUGCUCACGCUGCCGUCGUGGCUGGCGCCGGGCGAGGCGAAGCAGUGGUGGCUGCAACAGCGCGGUCAGUGGAUGGCCAUCUCGUAUCUUUUCUGCCUCGAGACAUCCACGGGCGCAAGCAUCCGCACUAGCUUCUUCCGCAUCCUCGGCACCGUCUCGGGCAGUCUACUGGGCCUGGUGAUCAACGAGGUGAGUCGCGGCAACAACUAUGCCCUCGCCUUCCUGCUCACGCUCGCCACGCUACCGCCGUCGUACGUGAUGCUGUUUACGCAGCUCCAGGGCGUGGGCAUCGUCAUGGGUCUCACGCUGCCCAUCGUGGCGCUGCUGCCCACCGAGGAGAGCGGCGAAAGCGUGGUGCACGUCGCGUGGAAUCGCGGCUACAUGAUCUUUUUCGGGAUCAUUGCGGCGCUGGUGGUGAAUCUGUUUGUGUGGCCGAUUCAUGCGCGGCUGGAGCUGGUGCGGAGGGUGUCGUCGAUCACGUCGCAGCUCCAGUCGCUGUACCUCAGUCUGUCGAGGCAGAUGCUCUCGGGCGGGCUGACGUCGAGCCACAAGUCCAACGCCGCGUUCGAGAGGCUCGAGGUGGGCAUCGAGCGGCGCGUGGGACAGGCAAGGGGGCUGGUGGAUAUCAUGAAGAUCGAGGUGAGCCUCCAGCCGAAGCGCACGCGCGUGCUGUCCGAGCUGCUCGACCACUUACAGAUGAUCCUCGAGCUGCUCAUGGGUCUACGGCGGUGUAGGGAGCAUGGGUUGAGGUCGGUACGCCAGCAGGCGGUGGUGAAUGUGCUGGAGCUAAGGCAGAGUCUGAUCGCAUCGGUGUUGUUGGUGCUGUGGACUACGGGGCAGGCGUUGCAGACGCAUGCGCCGCUGCCGCAGUAUCUGCCGAGCCCGCGGUUGGCGCUCGAGGAGCUCACCGAGGCAGUGGCGGAACAGCUGCGCACGAUGCUCGAGGAGCAGGAGCCCGUGCGUCCGCAAGGCGUGCCCGACGCCUUCCAUGCGCUGGACAGUCUGAAUCACGAGGCAAUCCUGGCGAGCGUAAGGAGGCGACAUCGAAAGCACGGCCUGCACUCGAUCCAAUCAGCCAGUCCCGCGUUUGGGUCGAAGAGCGGUGCGAUCACGCCGAAAGAGCACAAGAGGAGCGCAGUGUCGGGCACCGACUCGCCCGCCUCGGCUGGGACGCGCAAACGCAAUGUCGACUUUGCAGUCUUCUUUAUCUUGGCCGAGCAUGCUCUGUUGGAGGAGAUCGUGGCGUCGCUCGAACACCUGCUGCAGCUGUGCAGAAGCAUGGUGGGCGAGGCGACGUUCUUGUACACGCAGUUUGUGCCCACCGAUCGCACGCCCGGCGACACCACCCCUGCGCAACCACGCGGCGCGGAGCCAUCCGACACCGAUACUGCCACACCUACACCAGCGGCAUCACUUCGCGCGCCAGGCAGCGACCGCACCCCGACGCUACGCCCGUCUCCACUCGCACAUGCUUCACUCCCGCCCACCUCCGACGCGUAG